UACGCGCGGCAAGAGGGAAACAGUGGGAGUUGACAACGAAAUCGGUCCGAAAUGUGCAACUAAAUCCCGGCACUGCUUUAAAAGAAAGAUCUGAAAAUGAAUCAGAAUAAGUUAAAGUUUCCGACACAAAACAGUUUCGAAUCUGACAUUGGACAGUGCCGCGUAUAUUAUUUUGUAUAUAUAGAAACUCAUGUAGCCUAUCGAAAACAAGUUUACACGUUAUUAGACGUUCAAUUACACGUUAGACGCGCACGACGUAGGAAGUUUCACGGAAGUUAGAAUUUAUCUCAUAGUGAUCCAAUUAGUGUUUUAUGUUUGGACGUAACAAACCGAUUGACAAAUCUAUCUAUCUAUUUAUAUUUCGAGUUUAUAUUUUGAAAUUCACUGUAAUAAUGUUUCAUUAUAUGCAGAUAUAUGGUGAACGUCUUAAACGAAAAUGGACAAAUACUCCUAGUUGUGAAGAAUCAAUUGCACGACAGAUGAUGCUCGAACGUAUUCAACCAAAGUUUCUGACACUGAUGACAAGGUCAUUCAACCAGGCAAAGUUACGGAAACAGUAUUAUCAACCCUGGGAAAACAUGCAGAGGGAAUGCAAGGAAAUGGCAACCCAGUUGCAUGAAUUGUAUCAGAGUAUAACAUCGGCGACAGAGUUUGACAUUAUAGCUCUUGCAACAGCUUUCUAUAACAUAGAUGGAUGGAUACCUAUCAUACAUGAUUUUUUAAACAAGCGGACAAGAAUUAUGAACUCUCCAAAUGAACGAUGUACGUGGUCUAGCGCUGUGAUUGUGAUGAGCAUACAUCUUCUAAACAAUCUGCGUUUUACUGAAACCAGAAAUUGUCUCGCUGCAGUAGAAUACAUGAUAAUGUUGAUGGAGAGAGAUAAUCAGUCACUCGACACUAUUCCUAAUACUGUUACGGAGCUAAAAGCAAGAGUUGCUGACGCAUGGCUUACAUAUACAAGUCAGAUUUUGUGGGCUUCAUCUUCGAACCAAGAAACAAAUCCUCUAAAUCAAUAAGAACCUAAAGAAUUAUUAUUAUUAUUUACGUCAUUAAGUGGAGACUUAGCAUAUAUUUCUAACAGAAUUACUGAUUCACGUGUGUCACAUAUAAUUGAUGCAAAAAUAGUUUUUUUCUUUGGAGAAGAAAAGUAUGAGUUGGCCAUGAUAUAAGUAAAAGGGUAUGC